AAUAAAAAGUGUUAUAAACAUCCAAUUUACCCAAACUAUUCUUUCUCAUGCUUGAAACUGAAUCUCAAUUUGAAAGCCCAGGGAAAUGGACAACUACCAUGGCAACUAUAAAAAGAAUGAGGAGGUGGAGUUUGUCCGCACGGGCUAUGGAAAGGAUAUGGUAAAAGUACUCCAUAUUCGACGCGAUGGAAAAUAUCACAGUAUCAAAGAGGUGGCAACUUCAGUGCAGCUUACUCUAAGUUCAAAAAAAGAUUAUAUGUAUGGAGACAAUUCAGACAUCAUCCCUACAGACACUAUGAAGAACACCGUUCAUGUCUUGGCCAAGUUCAAAGGGAUCAAAAGCGUAGAAGCCUUUGCUAUGAAUAUCUGUGAGCAUUUCCUUUCUUCUUUUAAUCACGUCCUCCGAGCUCAUGUCUACGUGGAGGAAGUUCCCUGGAAGCGUUUCGAAAAGAAUGGAGUCAAACAUGUCCAUGCAUUUAUUCAUACUCCUAGUGGAACACACUUCUGUGAGGUUGAACAGCUGAGGAAUGGACCUCCAGUUAUUCAUUCUGGAAUCAAAGACCUCAAGGUCUUGAAAACAACCCAGUCUGGCUUUGAAGGAUUCAUUAAAGACCAGUUUACUACCCUCCCGGAGGUCAAGGACCGGUGCUUUGCCACCCAGGUGUACUGCAAGUGGCGCUACCAACAAAGCAAAGAUGUGGAUUUUGAGGCCACUUGGGACAUUGUUCGUGACACUAUUCUGGAGAAAUUUGCUGGCCCCUAUGACAAAGGCGAGUACUCACCCUCUGUCCAGAAGACCCUGUAUGACAUCCAGGUGCUUGCUCUGAGCCGUGUCCCUGAGAUAGAGGAUAUGGAAAUCAGCCUGCCAAACAUUCACUACUUUAACAUAGACAUGUCCAAGAUGGGACUGAUCAACAAGGAAGAGGUCUUGCUACCAUUAGACAAUCCAUAUGGCAAAAUUACUGGCACCGUCAAGAGGAAGCUUCCUUCAAGGCUGUGACACUGGGCUAGCAGCAGCCAUCUCCUCUCAGUCUGUUCCCAAUCCUUUGUGAUACCGGAGAUUACAGCUAUGCACAGUUUCAACCUGAUAUAUUGACUGGAGGCUUUAUUUUCCUCCUGCAUGAAGAUUUGGGAGAUUCAUUUGUUGACAAUAAUACUAUGCUUCCUAGAUAGCUUGCUUAAAAACCUGCUGAGAGGAAUUAGAACAAGAAUAAAUCAUGAUUUCCUUUUGGUUGUCUGUGUCAUCCUAUCUUAGAGAUGCUUUUGAAUUAGUUUGUUAAAAUUCUCAUGAAUUUAUGAAGGUGUCACAUCAAUUUGUGUACAAGUUCAAGAAGCAAAUAUUAUUUUCAUUUUACUUGUUCCUCUGAGGUAAGCAGCAAAGGAAAUAAAAAUCAUAUUUAAAUAUCAUCACCAUGACUUCAAUUGAUGGAAUAUUUGAAAUUUUAAAUGAUUAGCAUAUGUGUUAGUAGUAGUCUAUUUUUCUCUGUACUUUUGUAAGGUGAUUUUUUUUUAAAUUUUCUAUUUUGGAAUACUUUUACAUUUGUAAGGCAAAACCAUGGACAUUAAUAAGAGUCUUAACAUCACCCCACCUUGUGUAUCACUUUUGCAGUUUUAGAGCACUUGGUGAUUAUUUAGUAUACAUUGGGAUACCAUAAUGAAGUUGAAAUUUUUCUUUGAAUAAGGGAUCACUUGGGCAUAAACAGUCACAUUUCAUAAAUGUUGUUACUAUACAAGUGAAAAACGCCCAUAAAGAUGACUAGGGAAUAAACAUAGUGAAAAUCAGCAGUGAUGAGUUCUGGAAGAUAGAACUAUAAGUGAUUUAAAAAUCUCACCAUGUUGUGGAACAUUUAUUGCUUCUAUAAUCAGAGAGCUAUUACAAAAAUGAUUUAGGAGUGAAUGCAGGUUUGAGUGGUGAUUAUCUUUCUGUUAAUUGACAAUUAUUUACACUACAUAUGACAUGAUUUGCAAUUUUAGAAACUCUCAAUGAAAACCUACCCAUGUGAAUUUUCUAUAUUUUAAGUUUUCCAUUUUCUCAAAUAAAAGCUCCAUUGUUAAUGAAU